GUCAAUUUGAAUUUGAACUUUGAAGAAUCUGGAAAGUUAACCUUACCGAUAAUAUAAAUACCUGUAUUUUUUUUAAUUAAAUGAAUAUAAUUAUUUAUAUUUUAGUUGUCUAAACUAUAAAAACGCAAAAUGCACACUGCCAGUUCUGUGAUGCGAAAUACUUUCUUGUUUAGUCCAAAAAUUAAAUAUUCGUCGCGUCUUACCCGAAAUGUUACUAAAGUUGCAUCACAACUGAAUUGUAAACCGGCAAAUAGCAGACUUUUAAGCAAUUUCAACAGCAAUGGUUUAAAAGACUGUCGCGUAUGCAGUAAUGUUACUAGCUUUGUACCCUACAACAAGAUUAUAAACAUAAGGCAGUAUUCAACGAGCAAUAAAAAUGACCCAGAAGAGGAAGAAGUAGAUGAUAUUAAAGAGGAGACGCCAUUGUUCUCCAGCCAACUGCCAGCCACAGUAGCCGUGCCUGAGGUUUGGCCACAAGUGCCUGUUAUAGCGAUAAAUAGGAAUCCAGUGUUCCCUAGAUUUAUUAAGCUUAUAGAGAUAUCCAACCCCGCCCUCAUAGACCUUAUCAGACGAAAAGUUAAAUUAAAUCAACCGUACAUAGGCAUCUUUCUCCGCAAAAAAGAAGAUGAGAAAUCUGAUGUUGUCUCAAACUUGGACGAUUUGCAUCAAGUUGGUGUGUUCGCACAAAUACACGAAAUGCAGGAUAUGGACUUCAAGUUACGACUGGUUGUGAUGGCACAUCGGAGAAUUAAAAUAACGGGACAGUUUAUUGAAGACGAAAUUGAAACUGGACCAGCUGAAAUGAAGUUGAAGUUUCCGAUAUUUAACACGGAAUUUAACGUUACGCGCGAAGAGUCGGACGCGGAACGGCGUCGGCGCAAGUACAGGAACUCGAGGAAACGGCUUGAUACUGAGAAAGAGGCUCCGGAGACAAAGAAGCCUCCGCCUGACCAAGUGUUAAUGGUGAAAGUGGAGAAUGUCAUGCAUGAGAAGUUCAAACAGAAUGAAGAGGUGAAGGCGCUGACGCAGGAAGUCAUUAAGACAAUACGGGAUAUUAUCAACUUGAACCCGUUAUAUAGGGAGUCGCUCCACCACAUGCUAGCCCAAGGCCAGCGGGUUGUGGACAAUCCGGUAUACCUCAGUGAUUUAGGCGCUGCGUUAACAGGCGCUGAACCCGCAGAGUUGCAGGCUGUGCUCGAGGAAAUGGAUAUACCAAAAAGACUGAUGAUGUCCCUAUCGCUCCUUAAAAAGGAGUAUGAACUAUCGAAGCUACAACAGAAGAUUGGCAAGGAGGUGGAAGAGAAAGUUAAGCAGCAGCACAGGAAGUACAUUCUACAUGAACAGCUUAAGGUAAUAAAAAAAGAGCUAGGCCUCGAAAAAGACGACAAAGACGCGAUCGGAGAGAAGUUCCGGGAACGUCUUGCUGACAAGAAAGUGCCUCAAGCGGUACAAACGGUUAUAGAUGAAGAGCUCAACAAACUCAACUUCCUUGAGAGCCAUAGCUCGGAGUUUAACGUGACGCGUUGCUACCUAGACUGGCUGACAUCCCUACCAUGGGGUAUCACUUCAGAAGAGAAUUUAAAACUCGAGGAUGCCCAAGUCAUCCUCGACGAGGAUCACUACGGGAUGGAGGAUAUAAAGAAGAGGAUAUUGGAGUUCAUAGCGGUGUCGCAGUUGAAGGGCAGCACUCAGGGCAAGAUAUUGUGCUUCCACGGACCACCCGGUGUGGGUAAAACUAGUAUUGCUCGUUCCAUCGCCCGGGCACUGAACCGGCAGUACUUCCGUUUCUCGGUCGGCGGCAUGACGGACGUGGCCGAGAUCAAGGGCCACCGACGCACGUACGUGGGCGCCAUGCCGGGGAAACUGGUGCAGUGCCUGAAGAAGACCGCCACGGAGAACCCGCUGGUGCUGAUCGAUGAAGUGGAUAAAAUUGGCAGAGGUGUUCACGGUGACCCAUCAUCCGCGCUACUCGAGUUACUGGACCCGGAACAGAACGCCAACUUCCUGGACCAUUACCUGGACGUGCCCGUGGACCUGUCCCGGGUGCUGUUCAUCUGCACAGCCAACGUGGUGGACCUCAUACCCGAGCCGUUACGGGAUCGCAUGGAGUUGAUUGAUAUGUCCGGCUACGUAGCAGAAGAAAAACUGGCUAUAGCGCAACAGUACCUAGUACCCACAGCACAAAAGAACUGCGGUCUAACCACUGAGCAGUUGGACUUGACGCCAGAAGCACUGAACACGUUGAUCAAGUCAUAUUGUAGGGAGAGCGGUGUGAGGAACUUGCAGAAGCAUAUUGAAAAGAUUGCUCGCAAAGUAGCGUUCAAGAUAGUGAAGAAAGAGGCCGACAAGUUGGUGGUAACAGAUGAGAAUCUGAACGAAUUGGUCGGCAAGCCAACGUUCAAGCACGACCGGAUGUAUGACGUCACACCGCCUGGUGUGGUCAUGGGCCUGGCUUGGACCGCUAUGGGUGGCAGCACACUAUACAUAGAAACAGCGCUCCGUAAUUCCCAUCAUGAGGAAAAAGCGUCCUCCGGUUCGCUAGAGCUGACGGGUCACCUCGGCGACGUGAUGAAGGAGUCCGCCCGCAUCGCGCUCACCGUCGCACGGAACUAUCUGCGCGCUACUGUGCCCGGCAACCAGUUCCUUAACACCAGUCACCUUCACCUUCACGUGCCUGAAGGUGCGACGCCCAAGGACGGCCCUUCAGCUGGUGUUACCAUCACAACAGCUCUACUCUCCCUAGCACUGAACAAACCGGUUCGUCCGUUAGCCAUGACCGGGGAAGUGUCGCUUACAGGACGAGUGUUGCCUGUUGGUGGGAUCAAGGAGAAGAUUAUUGCUGCGAAACGUGUAGGCAUGACUUGUGUUAUUCUGCCCGAAGAGAACAAGCGAGACUUCGACGAUUUACCCGACUUCAUAAAGAAGGAUAUUGACGUGCAUUUCGUCAAUGAAUAUGAUGACGUGUUCAAGAUCGCUUUCGACGAGGUUUGAGGGUAGUUUGAGAAUUGUAGAUAGUUAUAAAUAGUGUUUAAUUAUAAGUAAAAAGGUGUAAAUAGGUUACCAAUACAACAUUCUAUCUUCAAAUAAAAAAAAAUGUGUGCGCGUACGUGU